CAAGUGCCACYCUCUUGUGUUGGUGCGAUGAAACACCAACGAGAACRAGAACAAGAACACUUCCAACAACAACAASAAGAACCGCAUCCGAGCCGGCCUGGAGAAGGAAACAACGAUUGCUGYAAUUACGAUCGAUCGAUGAUUAUCAAUAAGGGUACGAGUGUGCAGGAUAAUUCGAUUGGAAGACCAAUUGYUUCGGCAGGUAGCAUGGCACCGGCAAGGACCCUUCGCCGCCGUAAUUUCGGCCAUGGCGGUUUCGCCCGGUGGUCUUYGGCAGUGGUGGUGGCUUUCGUKCUGGCGGCAUCCGCACCUCCAGUGGCGGAGGCGAGGCCCACACCGCUUUUCCACGGAUCGCCCGUCCACCGGAUCGCUCCGGCGCAKAGGCGCGUGUCGCUGUGGUUCCCGCAUCCCACCGAACACCACCGGCAGCCGCCGCCUCCAUCGCUUUGGUCGCCGGACCGCCUCGUUGCACCGGCCCGUGCGUUUGCGGAACGGGUCCGCUCGAGGGUGUCCGAUCUCGGUCCCCGCGACGUUUUUCGGGGGUUGGUGAGAAUGGCCCGGGCCUGGGUCUUUUGGUACUUUUCCAAGGACUGCAUGGACAGCAUCUACGAGGACCGGUGGCACGCCGAGCGGGACYCCGAGGACUUUUUCGGGAGCGGGGGAAUGUGGAUCUCGAGGGGCGCCCACAAAAACGUCGUGAAGAGGCGCAUCCAGCGGUCCAAGCGGAACCGGCAAUGGGUCGGGCUCGGAUACACACCGCGGUGAGUUGGAUUCGUUCGGUGUGUAGCUAUUCGUUGCAGAAGUGUAUGCUGUAGCAACCUUUUUUUUCUCCAAGUAGGAGAAAAKAGCACGUUUCUGUUAUUCGUUGAAUACAACUAAUAAAGUUCGAUUCYAUUCRUAUUGUUCACCCUUGCUGUUUAUGAACCCUCCGUUGUUUCGUUCUCGUUGGUUCUGCAUAAAACGACGUUCCGAUCGACGAUCCAAAACCACGAUGCGCAACGCCCGACCCCAACGAACGCAAAUGCCCUGCCCACGCACAAUGCAAUGCAAUACAAUAUAAUACAACACAAUGCAACACAACACAACACGACACCACACACGCACCGGACGCUUGUCUUGGUYUCUCCAGCCUCGUGUGGCUCGUCGGUGUCCUCCUCCGCGGGACCUUCCAGUGCACGUCAAUCCCCAAGGUCUUCAACCCCAGGCUGACCGGGUGGGGGGCCGGGACGGUCCUUGGUGCCAAGUGCACCCACCAGGAAUGGAUCKCCGCCUUUAUGCUGGGCUGGUUCGGCACCGAACACUACUGGAAGUUCCUCUUUGGGUGCGACGGACCGCCACAYCCCGGGAGGGACGGCUUCGACGGGGUCCCCAUCACCAUCAACAAGGUGCGGCUCUUUUAGAGGGAACCGAACAAUGUUGCCCGUUUCGGACCGAAAGAGCAAGCACCGCACCGCACCGCACCCGAUGCCCGUUGGGCAAACACCAGCGAACCGGACCAGACCGGAAGCAGCGGCCGCGCCGAACGGAUCCGCUCCACCAAACGAAACUGACAGCCAAUUUGAAUUAUUGUGUGUGGAGCGAUUCGAUUCGAUUCGAUUCGAUCCGAACCCGACCGAGAGAAAAAACACCGAGUGCAUCUACGAAAAUCGCCAAUGCCUACAAGAAAGAACGAACGCUCCCAAGUUUUGUUUUAGCGGUUGCGGAUGGAGAAAUGGAUCUUUGUGUUUUGCGCAGUGCGCUAGCAUGUUUGUUGCUACUACUAAUAUAUUGUUACAUAACCC